AUGACAACUCCGAACAGACCUCGCCUCGUCGUCAUUGGCUCUGGAUGGGCAGGCUUCUACCUCGCCGAACACAUUGAUCUCAACGCCUAUUCCAUCUCCUUGAUCUCUCCGCGUCGCACAUCAGCAUACACACCACUCCUGGCCUCUGCGGCGGUGGGUUUGUUCAACUUCUACCUGGCCGAAGAACCGGUCCGCAGCAAAUCGAGGUGCGCAUUGCGCUUCAUCAAAGCCAAUGUUCUCGACAUCAACUUCCAAACAAAGACCUGUCGGUGUGCACCAGCAUUUGACGAAGAUCCGCAACUCGCCAAUGACGAAUUCGACGUCGACUAUGAUUAUUUGUUAAUGGCACCCGGAUGCGUGCCGAACACAUUUGACACUCCCGGGGUGUCUGAGAAUGCCAUCUUCAUCAAGAAUGUCUCGGACGCGAUGAAAGUGCGCAAGACGCUCUUUGAUUUGCUGGAAAAGGCUUCGCUUCCCAACGUCACCCCUGAACGUGUGCGGGAGCUGCUCCACAUCGCCAUCGUUGGUGGAGGUCCCACGGGCAUCGAGCUCACAGCCGAACUGGACGAUUUAUGUCAGGACGAGUUGCGGUACACCUACCCGCUUGUCGCUGGCUACGUCAGCAUCUCUGUCUACGACGUGGCGCCGCAUAUCUUGAGCACAUACGACAACAAAUUGCAUGAAUACGCCGCGAGUCAAUUGCAAAGACGCCACAUCGACGUUGCGCCCAACACGAGGAUAGAAAAGGCCGAUGACCAGGCGUUGUAUAUCAAGGACAAAGGCCGAGUCCCGUAUGGAAUGUUAAUCUGGGCGACUGGCAAUAAAAAUGUACCGUUGUUGGAGAAAAUUGACGUCAAACUGUCACAAAGGGGGCUCAAACGGAUUUUGGCGGAUCAUCAUCUCCGAGUGUUCAAGAGUGGAGCAACCGGCGAGGUCUACGACGGCGUUUUUGCGCUGGGAGACGCAGCCGACGUCGAAGGCGCCUCUCUCCCGACCACGGCCGAGGCUGCCGUUCAAAAGGCCCGCUACCUCGUCCAGAACUUCAACGCCCUAGCCAAAUCCCUCGCAAAGUCCGGCCCAUGUCCAGCAGCGGACUCCCCUGACCCGUCUUCCCCCAUCACCACCACCGGCAGUGACGCAUUCAGCAAACCCUUCGCGUAUUCCCAGAAGCAACUCGUCUCCUAUAUCGGCGCACAUGACGGCGUCAUCGCGGGCAAGGGUCCCAACCACGAAGGCUGGACGGGCAGGAGCGCCUGGCUGGCCUGGCGCAGCGGGAGUCUCAUGUGGAACCGCAAUUGGCGGAGCCGGGUGGUCAUUGUGUUCACGUGGGUCUUGAACCGGGUGUGGGGGAAAGAGAUUGCGAGGAUGUAA